AUGGAACAAAUUGAUCAGGAAGGUUUUGACAUUGUUUGUAAGGUCAUUAUUUAUCCAAAGGAAAAGAUGGGUAUGGAUUUGUCAGCAAAAUCGGCCCUAUCUAAAAAUUGAAAUGCUAAUAUCGAUAAAAUCUGUCCAUUAUAUAGUAAAUCCCAUUUGGACAAUCAUUCGAAUCAUCAAAUAACUCAAUUAACUCGUCAAGAAAAUAUAUCAACAUCAAAUGAAUUAAUUGAAAAUUUACAUAAUAAAGGUUUAGCAAUGCAACAUGCUGCUGAUGAGCAUAUGAUGGUUCAUAAUCAUAUAAAUAAUGAUGAUCAAACAAAUGAAAUAAAACAAGAUGAAUUAAAAAUGGAAUUAGAUUUUAUCGAACAAUUACUACGAAAAACAAAAUGUCAACUAUAUAAAAGGCUUCAACAUUUACAAACGCGUCGGGCAAUUAGUUUUCCUUUAUGA